UUUCUCCAGCCCGCGGCGCCUCCCGGCGGUGGCGGGGUGUUAAUGCUACAGCUCGACCUGAGCGUCCGCCAUGGAACUGGAGAAAGAGGCGCCAAUGGGUGGGGACCCCGUCGCGUGGCCGCCUGGGACCUCGAGGUGUCAGACCCGGAAUGAGGAGGAUCGGCAAGAGGGAGGCGGGUCGCCUGCGGCAGCUGCUCUGAACGCGGAGGAGGCCGGCGCCAGCGCGGACGGGCUAUGGGAGCUGCCGGUGGAGCCGACUGAUCGUAGGCCAGAGUGCAGCCGCUGCAGCCGGCCUCAGAAAGUAUGUUUGUGUCCGUUUCUACCAGUGCAUCCUCUACACAUCUCUACCAACUUGUACAUAAUUCAGCAUCCAGCAGAGGAAAACAAAGUAUUGCGGACAGUUCCUCUACUAGCAGCAUGCCUCCCCCAGGACAAGUGUAAAGUCAAGAUUGGUCGUCGCUUCAGUGAAGAAAGAGAUCCUGAACUUUCAGCUAUUUGCCGAAAGUCUGGUACAUUAAUAUUAUACCCAGGAGCUGAAGCUGCUAAUUUGGAAGAAUUUAUAUUAGAUUCUCCUAUUUAUCCUUCCACAAUCAUCAUUAUUGAUGGUACAUGGAGCCAGGCUAAGGACAUUUUCUAUAAGAAUUCCUUGUUCCGACUUCCCAAACAGGUGCAGUUAAAAACUAGCAUUUCUAGUCAGUAUGUAAUUCGGAUGCAACCAACCAAUAGGUGCCUUUCUACACUGGAGUGUGCAGCUGUUGCUCUUUCCAUCUUGGAGAAAAAUAAUUACAUACAAGAGACUUUGCUUCGACCUCUUCAAGCAUUAUGCUCCUUCCAGCUUCAGCAUGGUGCUCAAAUUCGCCUCAGCAAGGAACACCUUCUGAAAAAUGGAUUAUAUCCUAAGCCCAUGCCAAAGAACAAACGCAAACUCAGGAAAAUGGAACUGUUAAUGAAGAGUAUUAAAAUUUAGUAUAAUUGUGCUUAUGGUGCUAGUUUACUGCUGACAAUACCAAGUUAGGUAUGCAGACAGUUUGACUCUAUGGUUUUUGACUGUCUACAAGAAGGAAGAUAGUUGCAUACUUAUCUUGCCCAAGAAAAGGAAGUAAACCAAAUAGCCAUAAAACAAAACAAAAAAUUCACUGACUCUGAAAAUCAACAUUUUACAUUGUAUUUUUUAAAUAUGCCUGAAUACAUUUUUCAAAUCUGUAAUUUAAAAUGUAACUAAUUGUUGAGCUGGGUUAGAAGUUAUUGCAUAUAAAAUGGAAGGAAAUUGUUGUGCCUCGUCGGAGCAGUACUGUUUCCAUUAAAGUUUAUAGAUCAUUAGAUAUAGACCUAUAAUAGAGGGUACCUACAUCAAUUUACAGUCUUAUACGUGAACUUUAUGGUUUGAAAUAAGUAACAGAAGAAGAUAAUGAUAAUCAAGUACUUUAGAUUAAACUUGUUUCUUUCAAUAAAACAGUAAAACAAUAAAAAUAAGUAAUCUUUAGGGACUAAACCUUAACUCACCUGAUGUGAUUUUAACUGUUCUGUUAAUCACCCUAAUUUUUAAGAGAUGCAUGCAAUAUGAUAUGGCACACAUUUUCAUUUUCAUUCACUUUGGAUAAGUUUUGGUUUUUCAGUACUCAUUGAGCAAAUUCAUUGUCUUGAUAAAAUGUUUUGUAUUUGUAAACAACUGAAAUAGAAUAUAAUACAGCUGUUAAUUUGAGGCCUGUAGCUUAGGCUAUUUCAAAAAAUAGGGCAAAAGCUUUCAAUUUGAGAGAACAAAUUCCCCAUCUCUCCCUUAGAAAAAUAUGUACUGGGAUUUUUGCAUAGAACAGGAGACAUGUAUGUAAUGUGCAUUUAUAUUCUAUAAAAUUCUCUACCAUUAUGUACACCUUUUGACAAGAAGAGAGGAUUUUGUUUUGUUCUUUAUUUAUAACUUACAGUUUCCAGCAUUCAGUCUUAAAUUGUAAGAAAAACCAAAACAUGCAAUUUAGCAAUUUAAAAGCAAGUUUGAUAUAUAUUUUCUGCAUGUGUAUGUGUACAUGAGCAUGCACCAAUGGUUAUUUUCAACAGUCAUCAUGCUCAUUUUUUUCGUUUUUUGUUGACCUGAACGAGACCUUUUUUAAAAGCUAUAAUGCUAGUCACAAUUAGAAUGCUAAUGAAUUUUUGAGGAAACAAUGCAGAAAAUUUGGUUAAAUGUUAAAUAAAAGUUAGGUUUCUGUCUUCCAUCUUUGACUUUUUUUGGAUUUAAAAACAAGUUAGCUCAUUAUAGUUUAAAACCCUCAAUAUUGAAUGUUUA